AAGUUCCUGCUGAGCAGAUCAGCCUAAUGCUUAAAUAGAACAACUCCUGGCUGUCAUUGACAUUGUCUAAAAGCCAAGAUGACAGACUGAGAGGCCUGAGCCCUUGUUCUGGCAUUCUCCCAGGAAGAUGCAGUAAAGGGGUUGACCCAAUAUACUGCAGAGAAUUUCAUCCAGUUCCCUCCUCCAUCCUGAUCCCAUGUGCCAGGAAGAUGGAGCCACGCUUGCUGAUGUUGGGGUUUCUCUCAUUAACCAUAGUACCCAGUUGUCGGGCAGAACUGUGUCUGUAUGACCCACCCGAGGUCCCCAAUGCCACAUUCAAAGCCCUCUCCUACAAGAACGGCACCAUCCUAAACUGUGAAUGCAAGAGAGGUUUCCGAAGACUAAAGGAAUUGGUCUAUAUGCGUUGCUUAGGAAACUCCUGGAGCAGCAACUGCCAGUGCACCAGCAACUCCCAUGACAAAUCGAGAAAGCAAGUUACAGCUCAACUUGAACACCAGAAAGAGCAACAAACCACAACAGACAUGCAGAAGCCAACACAGUCUAUGCACCAAGAGAACCUUACAGGUCACUGCAGGGAGCCACCUCCUUGGAAACAUGAAGAUUCCAAGAGAAUCUAUCAUUUCGUGGAAGGACAGAGUGUUCACUACGAGUGUAUUCCGGGAUACAAGGCUCUACAGAGAGGUCCUGCUAUUAGCAUCUGCAAGAUGAAGUGUGGGAAAACGGGGUGGACUCAGCCCCAGCUCACAUGUGUAGAUGAAAGAGAACACCACCGAUUUCUGGCUAGUGAGGAAUCUCAAGGAAGCAGAAAUUCUUCUCCCGAGAGUGAGACUUCCUGCCCCAUAACCACCACAGACUUCCCACAACCCACAGAAACAACUGCAAUGACGGAGACAUUUGUGCUCACAAUGGAGUAUAAGGUAGCAGUGGCCAGCUGCCUCUUCCUGCUCAUCAGCAUCCUCCUCCUGAGCGGGCUCACCUGGCAACACAGAUGGAGGAAGAGCAGAAGAACCAUCUAGCAAGCUAGAAAAGUCAGAGCCCAGGCAAGCGGAUGGGAAUCACAAAGCUCAAGCCAAAUCUGAGACGCCAAGCAUUCACCUAACGGCUGUUUCCUUCUGAUCCCUGGGUUUCUAGAACAUUCUGAAGUCACAGGACAUAACAGCAACUCUAUCACUAAACUGGACUUUGCCAUUGAAGAAUAGGAUCUAACCACUUCAGCACAGCAGUUCUAAAGCUUUAAUGGGAGAGAGGGCCCAACAGUGCUCUGUGUGUUUUGUUUUUGUGUAUAUCUGUUGAUGGGAGCUGAGAUGGUGUGGUCACUUUUCAUGUAACAUAUAGUAUAGAAAAAGUAGCUUUAGGUUGACUUCAUUGUUACAACCCAGUUUGGAAAGCCCAAGUAAAACUCAGCACUAAUGUAAAUAAUUCCUCCUCCUCCUCCUCUCUCUUUUCAUCCUCCGCUCCAUCUUCCUCUUCUUCCUCCUCCUUUUCCACCUCCUCUGUCCCUACCCACCCCCACCCAUCCACUUUCCUUCUUCCUUUCUGCUCUCACAAGCUCAUCCUAGCUACACGUGCAUGGCUGGCUCCUUUUUCAACCUCUGUUUGCCUAACUGGCUCUUCUGAUUUCAUCACUUACUGAUCAGCCUUUAAAACUCUGAGCUGGCAAAGAUGACUCUAUCUAUGUUCUUGGCUCAGUCCCAGAAGGAAACCCCCUUUUCAUGAAGCUUCAGUUUUGACAUCCUGAAGAACAGAAACUGUGGCAGAACAAUCUUCAGAUAACAUCAAAACAAAGUGGAGAAGCCACGGGAACUGUGGAGCUCUGGUAUUCAGAAGCCUGUGUCUAGGGUCUGCGCCAGGAGCAGAAGGCUGAAGGAAGUCCCAGGACGUGGACUUAGAUGCUUUCCCAGCAGGCCACUCUAAGCGCUGGUUUCUUUGGGACAGCUGUCAAUUGUACGCUCAAUUUAGCCUGCACUAAUCUGAUGCUUACAGGUGAACACUCAAGGCACAGGUAUGGACUUGGUACAUACCGUGAAAACACUGGAAAGAAAAGAAUACUUUCAAGUUUACAGAAGGAAGGAAGGAAAAAGGAAGCAGAGGUGGUGAUUAUACAAAAGAUUAGCUGUAGACUGGAUAUCCCAGGCAUCCUCGGAUAAUGCCCCCGCCCCAGCACCCUGAUCCAGGUCACCAAAGCCUUGUGAGAUCAGACUGCAGAGCCAGUCUGUCUCUGAGUCAGUAAAUGUAGAAUUUGGAUUUCUCACAAGUUCCUGGCGGUGUCUUUUUUUUUUUUAAUAUUUUUUAUUAGGUAUUUUCCUCAUUUACAUUUCCAAUGCUAUCCCAAAAGUCCCCCAUACCCUCCCCCACACUCCCCUACCCACCCACUCCCACUUUUUGGCCCUGGUGUUCCCCUGUACUGGGGCAUAUAAAGUUUGCAAGUCCUGGUGGUGUCUUUAUGCUGAUCUCUAGCCCACACUUUGUGAGGCACUGGGCUAUCCCAGUGUGCUCUCCUCUUCCACAGAUACCAAAAGCACCUGGGUUUGAUGCUCAGACUUCUGAGCACGUUCUUGUUCAAUCUCUUGCGUAAGAUUUCCUCUCAGAUGAGUUGAGUCAGAUUCUCAUGUUUAACAGUGUUUUAGGGGAUUCACAGAAGCCCAAACUAUCAGUUUUCAUUUCUGAAAAGGCUGGAAAAUUUUAUGAAAAACUUUCAAAGGUCAGACAGAGCCAUUUUGAGUCUUUUAUGUGACCAAGUAUGAACCAGAUCUUUCCUAUCUAUGGUCUCCCCUUUCCAAAAUAUAUCUUUUGUGGGGACACGGCAAGGAGGAAAGUUAAAUAGAAUCUCAAGCUACUAAUUUUAGAAAAGAAAAAAAUAUUAAACUCUUACUAAAGAGCUGUGGGUAGUGGUACACACCUGUAAGCCCAGCUCUCAGGAGACUGAGGCAGGAGGAUUGCAGUGAGUCAGAGAUCAGCUUCACCUACAAGCAAAACCCUGCCUUACCCCUCAACCUUUCCAUAAAAACAGUCUUACUUGUGUAAAAUUAAUUUUUAAUACAUAUUUGUGCACGAUGUGUGUGCCUGGUGCCCAGGGAAGCCAAAAAAAUAUGUUCAAUGUCCCUGGAAUAGGUGGUUAUGAGCUGCCAUGGAGGUGAUGGGAUUUAAACCCCUGUUCUCUGAAAAAGCAGCUAGUUCUCUUAACCACUGAGCCAUCUCUACAGCCCCAUUAAAUUGAAUUUUAUUGUCAUUACUCAAUAUGGGAGAUGGGGUAAUGAUAACAAUUUUUUUUUUAUAAUACUAAGAUGUUUAGCUAUUUUACUCUCCUUCACAAGUGUAGAGUAGAAUUUUCUAGAAGCUACAUGCAUGAUAUUAUCGCUCUGGUGUUAACACAUAAUGGAUUUAUCUUGUUAAUAAAAGAAUUAGUAAAUAAUAUUUUAAAUUUUUUCUUUGUUUUAGUUUUAAGAUGAUUAAUAUCUAUAGAUACUAGUGUACAUUAAGAAAGCCUUUGGGAUCCUCAAUCAUUUUGCAUGGUUUUAGUAAUUUUUUAAUAACAUAAAGAAGGUCUGACAGAUUAUGCUAAAGAGCUAUUGUGGUAUGGAUUAGAAAUGGCCCCCACAGGCUCCUGUGUUCAAACAUCAGCUAGCAGUGCUGCUUUGGGUUUUGGAACCUUUAAGAGGUGGGGCCUUGCUUAAGGAGAUAGGUCACUGGAGGUGAACCAGACUUGCUUCCAGUCUCCCUCUCUGCUGUCCCAGGAAGCCAUCAUAUGAGGAGUUUCACAACAUACUUCUGCUGCCACAGAGUCCCUCCAGUAAGGCACGUACUGGCCACUGUGUAGUGUACCCUCUAAAACUGAGCUAGAGCUCCCCUCUCCUCCCUACACUAUCUCUGUUGAUGCUUUGUCACGGUGAUGAAGAACAUAAGUAAGGCAAAGACAAGACAUAGUUUGGAGACUCACGUGAGCAUCUCAGCCAGACUCAGGCACAGCUGCGAUGUGGGAAUUAUCAAGCAUGAGAUGCAAAGCAAUGGAAAAUGAAUCGUUAUGACAGAAGCCUACAUCUAGUCUUCCCUUCUUCCCAUUAGUAAUAAUAGCCCGUGUUUUAGAAGAACACAUCUUUUUGGUGUUCUAGGUAGCUUAUAUUGCAAAUGUGGCACAAUCUAAGAGAAAUCUGGGAUGAGGGAACCUCAGUGAAAGAUUCUCCUUGAUCAGAUUGUCCCACUGAUGAUUGAUAUGGGAAGGCCCAACCCACUGUGAAAGGCACCACCCAUUGGCAGGAUGACUGGGGUUAUAGAAGCAAACAGGCUGAGCAUGAGCCAGUGAGCAAGCCAGUAAGCAGUGGCUUCUCUUUGGAAGAAGCAUGGCUUUCUUCCGUGGCUUCUGUUUGAUCUCUCUCAAUGAUAGAUUGUGACCUAGAAGUAUAAGCUAAAAUAAACCAUUUCUUACCCAUA